CCACACUUCUACCACAAUGUUGCUUAUCGCACGAAAAUGGAGGUCACGAAAGACCAUGCUUUACCUCUUCGCUGCAGAGUUCNCCUUCACUGUGGCCGCUCUUGCUCUGUUCGCCAUAGCACAACCAAACACAUAUCGAACUCGGCUCUGGACAGAUGGAUACAACAACGGCUUCAACAGUUCGCCGACCGAAAUCUUGUACUCAUACGCAAACCACAGACCGAUCAGUCCUCCUAUCAUCUGGAGUCAAUUGUAUGUUAAGCUCGAUUUUGUCAUCCCAUAUAACUGCCAGGCUCUAACCGCGGAGCAGUNNAUUACCGACUAUAAUGUCGUGAUAUCCGUGCUUUCGAUGUUCAUAAUGCUCGUCAAACCUGUCCUGUUCUUCAUGCGUGCUCUCAUCCCGAUACUCUCUGCCUUGGUCCACAUCUUGCUGGUUGUCCUGUAUGCCUACAGUGCAUAUGGCCAGUCAGCAUCAGACAUGACCGACAAGCACCAUCCACAGAAAGGCGCGCCCUGGUACAUCACCAAAAGUUGCAAUGUCGCAUCGGACACGAAGAACAUUGGAUACUGUAAGCAAGCAAAAGCCGGCUUUGCUGUGACGCUAAUACUGUUCGCCGUGACGCUAGCUGUCUCACUUUACUCCUGUGUACCUACCAAAGCAGAGAAGCUGGCCCGAGCAGCUGAUGUCGAAGAGACCGAGAUACCGGAAUACUCGCCAGAGACAGCCCGACUUGACGAGCAAGAGUGGGAAAAGAUACGGUCACAGGCUGAAUGGCAGUACCCACUGCCGCCAGCAACGUCGAACGCAUUGAACCCUAUGACACCGAGGACAGUGGCUUUCCAGACACUCGAAGGAAGCAGUCCCUCAACUCUUCCGAAUACGUUACCAUUCAGAGAGCGGUAUGGAGGACCCGAUGGACGA